AUUUUCUUUUUGUUUUCACUUUUCCUUCUUUCUUUUAGUUUUGUUACUCUCCUCUUUCUCCUUUCUCCCUCCCCUCUCUCUCUCUUUCUCUCCGUCUCUGUCUCUCUUAUAUUGAUUUCAGGCAAGCUUUAGCUUUACCAUGGAAUCAUUUAAAACCAUUACUGUCAGAGUUAGGAGCCAGGAUGGACGCGAAAAGGUUUUCCGGAUCAAGAUGGAUACACAGAUGUCGAAGCUUAUAGCUCGAUAUUGUGAGGAUAGGCAGUGGGAACCUCACACUGCAGAAUUUCUACUUAAUGGACUUCGUUUUCCAAGAGACAAAACACCAGCACAGCUCAAUCUGAAGGAUAAUGUUCUAAUUGAAGCCAUGAUGCACCAGAAUGGAGGUGGUUCCAAAGCCUUUUCAAUGCAUGCUCUAUACCUUUAGUAACGAAAGUCUGUAGUUGUAGUACUUUUAUGAUGUCAAAUCUGUGCCGAGUCUCUACCUGUAUUAGGUUAACCUUAAAUAUUUUCAUAAUUGGAUAGAUUUGUUAAACUUGGAUUAUGCUAUGGCCUGUUUUACAGGUUGAUGUAUGUUUAAAUGUUUUAUGGGAACAAAUUAGUUGCCUUUUGGCAUAUAA